AUGGGGACGGCGCUCGACGCGCUGGCCAACCCGUCGUUGAACUCGCGCAGACCUUCGGCUGCGCCUCUCCCCAGCUUUGAACUGCCGCUGCCGAACUUCCAGGUCCCUGCCCCUGGCGCGAAACUCCCCUCGCAUCCCUCGAACCCUCAUCCCCCGACCAACCCGAGCGUGAGCAGUCUUCUCACGCCCCCAGCCUCGACUCAGUCGAGCGACGGCCACGUCUCGACCACCGCGCCUACCGUGGCGGCGACGACGACCACCACCACCAGCGUGUCUGCCUCCCCCGACCUGACUUCAUCGUAUGCGUCCUCGUACUGGCAGGGCCAGAGUGCGUACGGCAAUCCUCCUCCCCCGGCGGCGCGACAACCCUGGAACCCCGCCUCUUAUACCGCUCGCGAUACGUUUUCCCCCUCGCUGAACGCUUUGAAUCGCACCCCCGCAACAUCCUCCCCGGGCAACGACGCCAUCUCGCAAUCGUACGAGAUGAACCAGUUGCCCCCGUUCCAGCAGUCCCUCUCGGUGUCCACGGCCAGCGCAAACCAACACCACGCGAUGGCGAAUGCCAUGCUGACGGCGCAGAACGCGCUGCCGAACCCCGCGUCGGCGCCCCCGCUACCAUUGAAUGAUCCGUACAUGGCCAAGUCGUCAUCGACGCCCGCAUACACGGGGAUUCAACCGAUGUCCAGCCCACCGGGGGGGUAUCCGCCUCCGUACGGCCAAGCCAGCAUGGGGAUGCCCGCCCCCGGACGGGUGUCAUCCAACCCCAAUCCCAGCACCAACCCUAAUCCCCAUCCGUCUCAUCACCAUCUGAGCUACCAGCCGCGACAGCCAUGGCCGUCAUAUUCGCUCCCGGCGAUGAACGGUCCAGUCAUGACGAACGUGCACAACCCGGCAAAUGGCCAGAUGUCCCUCCUGGGCAGUCUGCAACCGGGCAUGUCACCGGGUUUCACGAGCGGUCAUCUAGCGAGCAUGCAGCAGAUGUACGGCGGUCAUCUCCCGCAUGGGGUACACGGGGGCCCGGGGCCCAGUAAUGACCGGCCGUUCAAAUGUGAUCAGUGUCCGCAGAGUUUCAAUCGGAAUCACGAUCUAAAAAGACAUAAACGCAUCCAUCUCUCUGUGAAACCGUUCCCGUGUACGCAUUGCGAUAAGAGUUUUUCGCGAAAGGAUGCGCUGAAGCGACAUAUUCUGGUCAAAGGAUGCGGCAAGGACGAAGCGAACCCGAAGCCCGAACGCACGGUCAAAGAGGAGGAGAAAGAGGAGGUAAAUGGUCACGGUUGA